GCUGAAAAGUGCAAGAGUUUUCCGGCCUUGGGCACUCCCCCAGACUGCGCAGCCCUUGGGAUCUAAAGACACUCUCCGUAUGUGUUUCUUUUCUGAGCAGAUCCAGAGUUUCUUUAUCAGCGCAAAGUGGAUAUUUGAGUCGUGCCAACCAUUUGGACCCAUCAAGACUCGGACCUGGAUUCACCUGGGUGACCCCAACUUCACAAGCGAGGUCAGCGUCUGCCACGAAACUCUGCUCCAAACAACAUGGGCCAGGCCAACAGCAUCCCAUCGGGGAGCCCCUUGGACACCAUGUGCCGGUUGUGGGAUAGGGGGUUGUUGCAGAGGCACCCAGACCUGCGUCGGAAAAAGAUGAUCAAGUUGUGCACCAAGACGUGGCCCGGAUACAACGCAGCAAUCGCAAACCCAGAGGAGUACUGGAGCCCAUGGGGAUCCUUCAAACCUGGGCCUCUUCGGAGGAUCCGGUGCCAACUGCAAAAGCAUCACAUCGAACAGCUGGAUUACUUGGCUUUGUGGGAAGCAUACAGUGAGAAAAAGGCUGCCCGUGAACAGGAUGUUUCGGAGGCAAAGAAGAUCCAUAAGGAAGAUGCUCCGGUUUUGGGUGUCAAUGAGAAGCCGAAAACUCGCCGUGCGCCACCACCUCCACCUCCUGUUGCAUUGCCACAUCCAUCGCCAGCUCCCAGUGCGGUGCAAACAUCUCCAGCUCCUGUUGUAUUGCCACCACCACCAUCAACUUCCAAUGUGGUGCCACCGUCUCUGUAUCCUGUUGCAUCACUACGUCAAUUGCAAGCUUCCAAUGCCAUACAACCAUCUCCAGCUCCUGUUGCAUUGCCACACCCAUCACCAGCUCCCAGUGCGGUGCAAACAUCUCCGGCUCCUGUUGUAUUGCCACCACCACCAUCAACUUCCAAUGUGGUGCCACCAUCUCCGUAUCCUGUUGCAUCACCACGUCCAAUGCAAGCUUCCAAUGCCAUACAACCAUCUCCAGCUCCUGUUGUGUUGCCACCACCAUCAUCAGCUCCCAAUGCAAUGCCACCAUAUCUAUCUCCUGCUGCAUUGCCUCAUCCAUCAUCAGCUUCCAAUGUGGUGCCACCAUCUCCAUAUCCUGUUGCAUCACCACAUCCAUUGCAAGCUUCCAAUGCCAUACAACCAUCUCCAGCUCCUGUUGCGUUGCCACAUCCAUCGCCAGCUCUCAAUGCGGUGCCACCAUCUUCAGCUCCUGUUGUAUUGCCACCACCAUCAUCAACUUCCAAUGUGGUGCCACCAUCUCCGUAUCCUGUUGAAUCACCACGUCCAUUGCAAGCUUCUAAUGCCAUACAACCAUCUCCAGCUCCUGUUGCAUUGCCUCAUCCAUCACAGGUUCCCAAUGUGGUACCACCAUUUCCAGCUCCUGUUGCAUUGCCACCACCAUCAUCUCCCAUUGUGGUGUCACCUACACCAGCUUCCAUGGGGCCAGCGGAGAAGUUGGCUCCUCCAAGUCCUCUCCAAAACGAGACCAGCACUUCCAACACCUCAUUGCAGGACUUGGAGACACGUCAGCAACCCCUGGACAGUACCCAAAAGGCCUUGGAGAAGCCAGAGCCCCCCACAGGACCCUCUCAAAUCUGGUUGCAAUGGGACUUGGAAGAGUGCAAGAAAUUGGCUGGAACUUUCGAGACCGAUCCAAACUCGUUCAUCCGCUUACUGGAAAGGAUGUUCUCCACUUAUAACAUGAGUUACCAACGUUGCGAGGAGCUGUUGAUCAGGAUGUUGACCGAAAAGGAGCUUGAUUGCCUCUGGGAAAAAGAACGCACUUGCUACGAUGGAGGGUCGUGGAGAGAAGGAAAGAAGCAGGCAAGAGAAGGCCUUCCGAGAGAAGUGUAUAGGGUCAGGCUGGUGAUGGACCGAAACCAGUUGUUGUCGCACUUGAGGAAGAUGGCUAAUGAGCAACAGUUGGCCAAGUUCAUGGUUUGCAGGACAAAGCAGAACGAGUCUCCCCAACAAUUCUGGAGCCGGUUCCUUCAAGAGGCAAAAUUGGCUUGUUUGGACCCAGACAAUCCUGAUGAUCAGGUUGCAUUGAGAUCCCACUUCAUCUUUCAAUCUCAUAAUUUCAUCCUGGACUAUUUCCAAGAUCAUUAUCCCGGGUGGUGUUCAUACAGCACCGAGAAGGUGCUGGAGUUGGCCCAAUCCAUUUGGGAGGAGGAGAAGGAGAAGGAGAAGGAGAAGGAGGAAGAGGAGGAGAAAGAGUUCGAGAAGAUGGCCAAGAUGAUCAAGGUGGCACUCCAAGAAACAUAUGGAAACGGAGGGGGUCAAGGUGGUUGGGGAGGGAGGAGAGGAGGAGGACGGUGGAGAAAUAAGGCUUGUUACCUGUGCGGGAAGAUGGGCCACAUCAUGCGAGAUUGCUACUGGAACACGGGGACGAGGUGGUAGUCUUCCCAUUUCAGCACAAGGUUCUGAAAAGGGGAGGAGUUGAGAGGGACCUCAAAGGCUAUCCAGCCCACCCCACCUCACAAUAUAGAUCAUAGACUCAUGGAACUGGGAGAUACCUUGUUGGCCAUUCAAGAAGACACAACCCAAUCCCUCCCAAUAGGUGGCCAUCCAACCUGUAGAGAAGGAGACUUCCCUGGGUUCCCAGGCAGCGUAGUCCAUAGUUUCACCGUCAAGUUCUUAUAACGUUCCUUUCCCUGGAAUUUCAAUUCAUGUCUCCAUUGUGUCCUAGACUAUAAAAGGACAAGACAGUACUUCUCAACUUGUGGGUCCCCGUAGGACCGUGCUUCUCAACUUCUCAACUUUUGGCCUUUGACUCCCAGAAAUCCUAACAGCUGGUAAACUGGCUGGGAUUUCUGGGAGUUGUUGGCCAAAACAUCUGGGGAUCCAUCGCUUGAGAAGCACUGUCUUAGGAUGUUUUCUCAGUGGGUUGCAUUGUGAUGGUCUUCUCUUCCUGAACCCCUGUGCAUGAAGGCUAUUUAUAUCUCUCAUGGGUUUGGCUGAUGUUCCUAAUGCAUCGGGACUUCUCCAUUGUGGGCAAAUAUUUCCCUCUCCUUGUAGAAGUGUCUAUAUGUGCUUUCAGCUUGUGAAUGUAUGGAGACCUUCUAGCAGGUAUGGGCAAACCCAGGCCCAGAGGCCAGAUGUGGCCCCUUGGGCUCUUUUCUCAGGCCCUCCUCUCUCUCACCAUCCUAUCCUUCCUCUCUCCUUCCUCCCUCCCUCCCAUCCCUUCCUCUUUCUCCCUCCCACCUUCUUUCCUUUCCAUCCUUUCUUCCUUCCUCCCUCCCUCCCUCCUUCCU